CCGCCGAAACGGAGCCACCGGGGGAAAAGGACACAAAGGAGGGAUCCCACUCCCUUCCUUGGUUUCUAGCCUCCCUGACAGAUUCCAGGACGUAUUACCGGCGGAGAUCCAUACAUCCCGAUCGCCUCCAUCCUCUCCUCUUUCCAUUUCCAGAUCGAGAGAAGCACUGGAAAUGGACGAAGUUUACAAGGAGUUGGAGGAUUUGAGGUCGGAUAUGGAGACGCUCAAGGAAGAGUACCGGGUGAAAUGCCAACUGUCUGAGAGCUUGAGGAGAGCUCACGACGAGCAACUCGAUAGGCUCCAAGAAGCGAAGGCCAAGAUGGAGAAGCAAGAAAGAGAGAUUGAUACAAAGGCAGCAGAAAUUUGUUUGGUGAAGAAGACGUACGAAGACUUGAAAUCCAUUGUUGCCGAAAAAGAAUCAGCCUUGAAGAGUCUGGGUCUGGCAAACGAGAAUUUGAGGACCAGCUUUAGGGAGAAGAUGAGGAAUCUGGAAGGGGAGAACAAAGAGCUCGUCUCGGCUUUGGAUCUGGCCCAUGCUAAAAGAGAAGAGCAGGAGAGGAUGAUAUGUUCAUAUAGGGAAGAGAUCGAAGGGCUCAAGAGUCUUCUGUCAGUGUCUCAGAGGAGGUAUUCUGACGCAGAGCAGAGGGCUCAGGCACCUAGAGAAGUAGUGAGGAGGCGAGAUGAAAUGUUGCUGAAAUUAGAGGAGGAGAAAGGGGAAGUUGAGGACCAGCUGAAAUGGAAGAUCGAGCAGUUCAGGCAUCUCGAGGAAGCUCACAGUAAGCUUCAAGAUGAGUUUCGGGCAGCUCAAAGGGAAUGGGGUUCGGAGAGAUCCAACUUGCUUGAUGAGAUUCGUACUUUGCAGAUGAAUUUGGAUUCUCAAACUAGAGUGCUGGAAGACCUUCGUUCUCAGUUGAACAUGUGCAACCAAGCCCUAGCCCAUGAAGAAAGCCGAAGAAAAUUGCUGGAGGUUCAAAUGUCUGAAUCAAAGUCAUUGUAUGACAAUGUUGUCUCGGAGUAUGAGGAGGCCAGAUCGACAAUUGAAGCACUGACAACGAGGAGAGAUGAGGAGAUUGCCUCUUUAAGGAAUGCAUUGGCUAUCAAAGCAACUGACCUUAAAGAAAUGGAAUAUACAAGAUAUCAAAUUGAACAGGAAAAUGAGGAGCUGCGGGAAUCUUUGAAGGAACAUCAAGAAGCGCAAAUUGAUGGAGUGGGUGCUUCUGCUUCUUUGAAGACUUUGCGUCGGAAAUUUAAAGCUUUGGAGCAAGCCCACAGAGGUUGUUCUGAGAAACUGAAGGCUAGAGAAGCUGAAUUGAAAGCCCAGAUAGAGAAACUAGGGAUGAAUUUGGAUGAAUGCCUGUCCCAGCUAAGUUCCAGAGAUAAACAGCUUCAGGAGUUGCAGAGUGAGUUAAAAGGCAGCCAUUCCUUAUUAAUGCAACAAAAAUUAGAGAAUGAAGAGAUUUCGGUGGUGCUUAUGGUACUGAAAUCGAAAUUUUUGGAGUCCUGUUCAAAUAUCGAACCUUUGAAACUUGAGGCGGAACAGCAUACUGCAAAAGUCGAGGAAAGAAUUGCUCUCAUGACUAAACAAUUAAGGCAGAAGAACAUUGCUCUUAUGCAAGCUCAGGCCAAGGCAAUCCAGGAACAUGAGAUGUUAGACUCAUCGCGGAGCAGGAUUGAGUAUCUAGAAUCUAUUGAGUGGAAGUAUGCUAUGGUGCUGAAAGAGCUUGACACAUAUAAAGGGAUGCUUGAAGAAUCAUGCAGGAAUUUUGACCGCUUAAAAGAGCAAGCUUCUCAGAAAGAAAACAACCUUCAGGAGGAUUUGAGAAAAGCUUCAAAUGUUCUAGAACAAGCAAAUUAUGCUCUUGCUGAGAAAACCAGUGAGCUGAACAAAGUGGCAUUUGAAUUGGAGCAACAGAAACUGGUCGCGGAGCGGAUGGAGAAGAUCAAAUCUGAUUUGGAAACUGAACUGAACAAAUAUCAAGAUGAAAGGCAAGCGGCUACAAGGGAAUUGGAGGUUGCUUUGCUGGCCAAGUUGCAUGCUGAAAAGUCUCUCAUGGAGGAGAAGGAGAAUUUUCGCCAAAUAACAGAAGAGAGGGACAAGAUUGUAGAAGAGCUUCGGCAGUGCAUUGUUUGUAUGGAAGAAGAUAAUGCCAGGCGAGCUUCUCAGAACGAAUGCAAACUUCAGGAGGAAUUGAGAAAAGCUUCAAAUGCUCUAGAACAAGCAAAUUGUACUCUUGCUGAGAAAACUAGUGACCUGAACAAAGUGGAAUUUGAAUUAGAGCAACAGAAACUGGUUAUGAAGCAGAUGGAGAAGAUCAAAUCUGAUUUAGAAGCUCAGCUGAACAAAUAUCGUGAUGAAAGGCAAGCAGGGACAAGGGAAUUGGAGGUUGUUUUGCUGGCCAUGAUGCAAGCUGAAAAGUCUCUCAUGGAAGAGAAGGAGAAAUUUUGCCAAAUAACAGAAGAGAGAGACAAGAUUAUAGAAGAGCUUCAGCAGCACAUUGUUUGUAUGGAAGAAGAUAAUGUCAGGCGUGCUUCUCAGAAGGAAAGCAACCUUCAGGAGGAUUUGAGAAAAGCUUCAAAUGCUCUAGACCAAGCAAAUUAUGCUCUUGCUGAGAAAACUAGUGAGUUGAACAAAGUGGAAUUUGAAUUGGAACAACAGAAACUGGUUAUGGAGCGGAUGGAGAAGAUCAAGUCUGAUUUUGAAACUCAACUGUACAAAUGUCAUGAUGAAAGGCAAGCAGCCACAAGGGAAUUGGAGGUUGCUUGUCUGGCCAAGAUACAAGCUGAAAAGUCUCUCAUGGAAGAAAAGGAGAAUUUUCGCCAAAUAACAGAAGAGACAGACAAGAUUAUAGAAAAGCUUCGGCGGCACAUCAUUUGUAUGGAAGAAGAUAAUGCCAGGCGAGAGUCUGAAGUUGCAACUCUGGUCAAGUUAGAGGCUGAGAAGAUCACUGAAAAACACGAGAAGAAAUUUCUUGAAUUUGCAGAGGAUGUGAACAGGAGAUUGAAAGGAAUAGAAACCAAAUUUGAUUUGCUAGGACAAAACUACGUGCUAAGAGAGAGUGAAAUUUUGAUGACCCUCGGGCAAGAGAAAGCAAAGUGGUUUAAAGUUAUGAAAGAAAAAGAGAACAUAAUUGCUGGUGUUCAAAAGCAUGUUUUAUCACUUGAACGAAAUAUUACUCAGUUUGUUGAAGCUGCUGCUGCUUCAAAACUUGCAGGCAAACAACUUGAGAUCUGCAAGCUUUAUGAGGCUUUGCAGAAGUUUGCAGCAGAUUACCUGCUUGAUGAGCAGGAAAUCCAGUUCAAGAACAUGUGGAUUGCUGAACUGGAAACAGAAAUCAGCACUCUCCAGUUGAAAUUGAAGGUUGAAGAAAAAUUAUCAUUUGAUUCACAGAAGUGUGUAGAACGACUUAAAGCUGAAGUUGCGACGGAGAAGUUGGAAAAGGAGAAAGAGCAAAUUCUAGUUCUGAAUGAACUUAAAACCACACAGAAUAACAAAAGAACUUUGGAGGACCAGCUAGGACAGUGUAAGGCCAACAUAAAAGCCCUUCAUGAUAUCAUUGCACAGUUUACAUCAGAAAGGGGAAAGUUAGUUGGGCAAGUAAUGGGGUUCAAUGAAAUGAUAGGCAUGAUAUUUCAUAUGGAUGAAGACCUUACAAGAACCUGGGAUAGAGUCAUGCAGAAAGCUGGGAAUGAAGACAGUGUGAAAACUUCCGAUAGGAAGGAUCUGUUCACCUCCAGCAAACUAGAUGGCAGGAACAAUAUCUCCCCUUCAAGGAACAAAGCAGGACAGGUUACUGAUAGAAGGUCACCCUUGAAGGAGUAUAACUGCUGAUUGUUGGAAGGACUGGCAGGACAAUUUGUAUCAGGAGUUGAAAUUUGUUGUAAGAUACUUGCGAUUAUUUUGAUCACCUUCUCUGAUGACAACAUUUGUUCACGCUACUUUGUGAUCAUGUCAGAUACCUCAAAAGUAUUUUUAAUGCUUCUAACACUUUGCUGCAGACAUUUUGAUUAAAUUCAACUUGUAGCCCCUCUUAAUUUUUGGAAAAAGCAUAUAAGAAAUUCUUGCUUCUUGUAGUAAUGUUGCGAUUCUUAAAUGCAACCCAUCUUUUUUUGCUUGG